AUGGAUCCCUCCUCGACCCCUAUUCCUACAGAAGUCGACCUAUCUGCCCACCCUACAGCCGAAAAGCUCGUCAGCCGCUGCCGCGACUUUCUGUCUGAAGUUGAGGACCUUACGCCGGGCCACGAGCUUGAGGCUUUCUUGAACACCAACUAUGGACCCGGCAACCCAGUCUACGAAGAUUUGUGCAACUUGACACGGCAAGGUCUCAAGGAAGGCUGGGUCGCUAACUUCGAACUCGACGGAGCCAAAUACCGACGCUCGAAGAUCCUGCUUCCCAGUCCAGAGAACAAAUUCUUCUCAAUUACCACGGUGUACAUGGAAAGUGAAGAAGAGUAUUCUGGCCAGUACCAUUCCCAUCCUUACGGAGAGAUAAAUUGUGUGGUACAAGUCGAUCCCACAGCAGAGCUGAAAGGCAUGCAAGGAUGGCAAGGUGCAGGUUGGACAUCCCCUGGACCUGGGACGCAUCACUAUCCAGAGGUACGCAAAGGUGCACUGGUAGCUUUGUUUUUUCUGCCGGCCGGGAGAAUUAGUUACAAGGCCAGCCCGGGCGACCCACAGCCUCAUUGUAUCUAA